AUGGAAGAUCAAUCAGUGACCAAAGCAGACCUGAAGGAUGUUACCGCGGCUUUUACCGCGGCCCUAACUGCUAUGACGCAACAGAUGACACAACAGAUGACAACGUUAAUGACGACUGUAACAGACAGCAUCAACAACAUGAACCAACAAAGAGACGGGGGAAGAGAACCGUGUAGGGUUCCACGCGGAGGCAACAACGGUCGUGCCAUUAUUACGAGAAACUCAAGUUCUGAAGGAGAUGAAUCUAAUGAAGAAGAAACAGUUGACCAAGGGAAUCGGAAUUAUAACCAUGACUACCGAGUGAAAGCUGAUAUUCCAUUAUUCUACGGAACUAUGGGAGUGGAGGAGUUUCUAGACUGGCAGAUUGGAGUCGAUAGAUUUUUCGACAUCAUGGGCAUCCCUGAGAACAAGAAAGUCAAGAUGGUUGCUAUCAAGUUGAAGAGUAUUGUUGCUGUGUGGAGGGAUAAGCUUGUUAUUCAAAGGCAGAGGCAGAGAAAAGGGCCAGUCAGAACUUGGCGUAGAAUGAAACAAUUGAUGAUGGAGCGAUUUCUACCAGAAGAUUAUGAGCAGAUUCUUUAUAAGAUGUAUAUCGAUUAUGUGCAAGGAAAGAAGACUGUAACAGAGUAUACAACCGAGUUCAUAUGUCUGUCUGAGCGUAACUGUAAAUUCAGUAACGAAUUGGGAGAAUCCGAAAAUCAGAAAGUGGCUCGAUACAUUAGUGGCUUGAAGGGUUCCUUGCAAGAGAAUAUGGGUUUACAAACUGCGUGGACCAAGGCUGAAGCAUCCAGCCUUGCUUUGAAGGCGGAAUUGAUGGAAAAAUCCCCUAGAAAAUCCUCAUCCUUUCCAAGCUUUUCUCCUCAAAAUAACAUUGAGUCAAUAGAAGAAAAGGAGAAGAGUACCGCAACAAGGGAUCCUAAUUCUGGAAACAUAGGAGCCAAUAAUUCUAGCGGUGUGCAACAGAGUAAGUCACUCAGCCAGAAACUAACUAACCCUUAUGCGAAACCGAUCGGUGAUAUGUGCUUUCGUUGUGGUGGGCAAGGUCAUCGAUCGAAUGUUUGUCCUUUUAGGAGAACUGCCGCCAUUCUGAAUGAGGAGACUGAGGAGGAAGAAGAGAGCAAUGAGUAUGAAGGAUUUAAGGUUUCUAAAGAGGAGUCUGAGGAAAGAGUAAACUUUGUGCUCCAGAGAAUCUUGCUAUCAUCCAAAGAAGAAGGUCAGAGGAAAAAUAUUUUUCGAACACAUUGUUCCGUUAAGAACAAGGUGUGUAACUUGAUUGUGGACAGUGGCAGCACUGAGAAUCUGGUUUCCCAGAAGCUGGUAGAGUACUUGAAGCUGACAACAAAGCCUCAUGAUAAACCGUACACCUUAGGGUGGGUGCGUAAAAGGCCAAAGGUGAAAGUUUCACAGACUUGCAAGGUGCCUAUUUCUAUUGGGAAGCACUAUAGAGAGGAGGUAUUGUGUGACGUCAUGAGUAUGGAUGUAUGUCAUGUUUUAUUAGGGCGACCUUGGCAGUCUGAUAUUGAUUUUACAUACAAAGGAAGGGAUAAUGGGAUAUUGUUUACGUGGGGAGCACACAAAAUUAUUAUGGCUUCUGUUUUACGCUUUGAUGAGAGUCUAGAAGAAAAGAAGUCGAGUUUCUUGGUGAUGACACAAAGUAACAAGGAUGAGGACGUGAAAAAAACUAACUGUUUCUGCCCAGUGAUGAUUGAAGAAGCUGUAAAGGCUCGGUUGGAGGCUCUCCCACAUGACACGAAUAUCCCAAAUACCCUCAAGUAUCAAGCAGAUGAUGUCCUUUAUCACGAUGAGAACUCGAGGUCGAGCUCUUCUGAUGUGGAGGAGACUGAUGUAGCGCGGUUGGAUGCGAGCUUCGACGACGGAUGA